GCAGUGCCUGCCACCGGUUCCGUACAAUAUACACGGUAUACAACUUGCAUGCUGAGCUGUCAUGUCACACACAGUAGCUGACAGUUGUGCCCUUCAGCUGGAAUUGAAAUGUUGCCUUGCAAUGAUGGCUGGAUGCUGACCAAUAGCGUUUUAAACAUCCCGCUGCCACUCCGGAGCCGGUUUCCGAUUGGGCUGCGCAUUAAGACAUGUAAAGCUGGCUGUCACAUAGCCACUCCCAGAGGAUCGGCCUUUCGCCUCUACAAUGCUGAGUUUUGUUUGUUGUAAUAGUUUAGUUGCGCGAGGUUGAUGUCAGGUAGAAGGUUGAAAAUAGUGUGCUUUUGUUUUUCUCGUAUGGGGACUUAUUCGAAGUGUACAAUGUGAGACUGAUAUAAGGUGUGUUAUUGUCUUCGGUGGCACUAUAUAAAAUUUUUGUUGAACAAUGAUCAUGAUGGACGUUAGUAGUAUGUACGGUCAACAUUCCACUCCAUCUUAUAAUCCGUCGGACGCUAAUUACUACAAUAAUUACGGUACGAACAGUUCUAGUGAUCACUCGAUGACGCCUCAUCAUCAAUAUGCGAGUAAUAGUGCGGCUGCUUACUCUGGUGGUGCUGCUUACCACGCUGGUACUGCCCCUUAUGAGGAUGCUACUUUUCUCUAUGGUGUAAGCGGUGCCUCAAACGAUUCAGGAGUCGAAACACCUCCUUCGCCCCAAGAGCCCCAUUUCUACCCUCACCAAUCCAAUCCUCCGGAUAGUUCGAUAAUCAACACGGAAACCGGUCUGAGUUACACCAACUUGGACACCUAUGCCAACUCAAAUAGUCCAAUGUACCACCAGCCUGGAUACAGCGAAGAUUCGUAUCCGGGACUGUUGAGGCAUCACGACGAAUCCAGUGAGGCCACCUAUCCGUAUCUUUACGACUCAAAGUAUCAUCCUCAUCAGUUGGACGAGGCCGGGUACCAUCAUCAUCCACAUAUCGUUUCGCAUGGACAAGGAAAUGUUGCUUGUAUGGAGUUUCAACAACAACUUCAGACAAGAUAUAAAGAAGAAAUAUUGAGUGGCGAUGGUAGGAUGCGGCAGCACCAUGGUAUGCACGGCAGUAAUCAGCCUCAACAUCCGGUUUUACCAACUUAUAAGUGGAUGCAAGUGAAACGGAAUAUACCUAAACCAACUGCACCGAAACUACCAUCGCCGGCGACUAUAACUGAGUAUUCGAAGGUAGUGCAAAGUGGACCCAAUUUGGACCCUCAAAAUCCUGCGAAUAGGUCGUGCUUGGGCUCCAACGCUUCUAGUCUAUUGAGUAUAAAUUGCCUCAACACUGGCAGGACUAAUUUUACUAAUAAGCAACUCACGGAGCUUGAAAAGGAGUUCCAUUUUAAUAAAUAUCUUACUAGAGCUCGACGGAUCGAAAUAGCUUCGUCGCUCCAACUCAACGAAACCCAAGUGAAAAUCUGGUUCCAAAAUCGUCGAAUGAAGCAGAAAAAACGUAUGAAAGAAGGCCUGAUACCCCCAGAACCCAUUGCCAGCAUAAGAAGUACCAGCAGUUCUCCAACGUCCACGAGCGCAUGCCUUCAACCUGAUAUUGUUGCUAGCAACGAAAACAGCAGAGAAUCAAAUAAUUGACAAAAUUAGAGUACACAAGAAGUGCAAAUUGCCAAAGAAAAAACAUUGGAUAGGGUAAGGCUUCAAGUGAUAAAAACGAAAUUAUAUUUAAACGAUUUGUAAAUUUUAUUAUAAUAUAUUCAUAAAAGUAGGUAUAUUUAUAAUUAGGUAGAGUGUCAUAUUCAAAACAAAACAAAAAAACUUACUAUUUUUAUUCAAAUGAGAUUAAUGUGUUGGUCGAUCAUAAAAUGCAUUUAAAUUGUUCCUAUACAAAGUCGAAUUUUGAGCUUCUAAAAAUAUCGACCAAGAAAAUCAAAGUCAGGAUAACAUAAAAUUGUACAUAGAAUGUGUAAUGUUAGGUUACUCAGGGAUGUACUGUGUACCAUGACGUAAUAAAAUAUUAUUUGAAAAAUAUUGACUUUUUCUUUGCUUCAUGAAAAUAAUCCAGAUAGUAGGUAUAUGGCAGAGGAGCUAGAGGAGUCAUUUAAAGUAAGUGCUAGAAAAUAUGUUUAUUGCAAUAAUAUCAUUGGAUAAUAAGUAGUUUUUAGAGUAUUUAAAUACAAUAUUAUUUGGUAUAGGUAGGUAUAUACAAAAUAAAUAAAUCAAUUAGUAAUUAAAGGCCUUCAAAUAUAAGAAAAUAUUUUUGGAAUUUAAUAUUUAUUGGAAAGUAUCAAUGGCAGUGAGCAAAAAUUUGAACAUCAAACAAGACAAUAUAAACUGGUAUAAUGUAAGUGUAUGGACGGGGUAUAUUAAGAGUCCAAUUUAUAAAAUAGAGUUAAUAAUAUAAGGAACUUAAUAAAAAAUUAAGCUAGUUUAGGUACUUAUUUACACGUUCCAGUUAACCUUUUGUCAUCAAUUCAAAAGAAAAAUCGAAUUAGGAGUCCAACAAAAACCAUUGAAAGUAACUUUUCUAGUUUUGUAGCCGCACUCCAGCCACACUCGAUGUCGGUUUUCAAAACAUCAAUCACCGAAUUGUUAUUUUUAUUUGCACACAAAGACAUCCUGAAUUCGUCAUGUGUGUGCCUGCAAGUGUAGUCGGAAUGUGUGAAAGAUGGUGCAACACUAGGACUGUCUUCGCAAAUGUAUUGACGAUGUUUUCUUUGCCAAACUUCAA